GUCUCCUUCACUGUGCCCUACCUUUGCCAGGCCGGCAGAUGCUAAUUGUGAGAGCGCUAACGUACGCUAGUUUUGACAGGGUGAAGAAGGAACAGUGCUCAGACGCUUUGCAGAUAUCCAUCUCGCCUCACAACAUAAAAUCGGUGCAAUGGCUGUUCCUCCUUCAUACUCAGACCUGGGCAAGGCUGCCAAGGAUAUCUUCAGCAAGGGCUAUGGCUUCGGCAUCGUGAAGCUGGACCUGAAGACCAAGUCUCAGAGCGGAGUGAUGGAGUUCAACACGUCAGGUUCCAGUAACACAGACACAGGGAAGGCAGCUGGUAACCUGGAGACCAAGUACAAGAUGAAGGAGCUGGGCCUGAGCUUCAACCAGAAGUGGAACACUGACAACACCCUGGCUACAGAAGUCACUGUGGAGGACCAGCUUGCUCAGGGACUCAAGGUGGCUCUGGACACAUCCUUCGUACCAAACACAGGCAAAAAGAGUGGCAAGCUGAAGACUGGCUACAAGCGUGACUUCCUUAAUGUGGGCUGUGACGUCGACUUCGAGGGUCCCAUCAUCCACGCAGCCGCAGUGGUGGGCUAUGAGGGCUGGCUGGCCGGGUACCAGAUGGCCUUUGACACGGCCAAGUCCAAACUGGCCCAGAACAACUUCGCCCUGGGAUACAAGGCUGGAGACUUCCAGCUCCACACCAAUGUUAACGAUGGGACUGAGUUUGGAGGUUCUAUCUACCAGAAGGUGGAUGACCAGCUGGAGACGGCGGUCACUCUGGCCUGGACGGCCGGCAGCAACAACACACGCUUCGGCAUCGCAGCCAAAUACGCUCUGGACAAAGACGCUUCCCUGUCUGCCAAAGUGAACAACGCCAGCCUGAUUGGAGUCGGUUACACCCAGAGCCUCAGGCCAGGUGUGAAGGUGACUCUGUCAGCCCUGAUCGAUGGGAAGAACUUCAACACUGGCGGUCACAAGGUUGGCCUGGGCUUCGAGCUGGAGGCAUAGAGCAGGAACAAGACCCACCAACCAAGAGAAGAGCCCAGAACCAAUCACCCCCCCCAUUCCCAACCACAUCCUACCACAGCCCUUAUCCAAAACCAUCGUCAUGUAGCCUCUCCAUUCCUGCACCUCUCUGUCACACACACCGGAGCCCCUUUACACACACACACACAGAAAAACACACAUUAAGUGUUUUGGCAGGAAUAGUCAAACCCGUGGCAGCCAUGUCCGUCAUGACUAAAGUAACUAAAUAACCUGAAUGAAUACUGAGAGAGGGCGAGAGAGACAUUCUGUAAUGUCAUGGCCGUUAUAUUCUAGUCCUCUGGUUUAGAUAGUUAGAUACCACUACUGUUCAUCUUGUUUUAAAGGAAGUGUUUCAGUCUUAGAGGGGAAAGGCAGGCACAGAAGAUGGAUACCUCCCCUUUAACUGACGUUGUACAGGAACGCUGUGGCUAAGUUUUAUCACCUUACUGGUAACUGAAGAGUCACUAUUUGUUAUAUCACAGUAGGAGGUUGGCGGAGUAGUCUUUGGUAAACUUGUAGCUCAUGUAUGCUUAUGUACGUAUAUAUUCCCCUUCGUCAUUCAUUGUAAACAUGUCUGAAUGAAUAUCGGGAGUAGAACAGAAGGCUUAGUAAGAAUGGAAGCAUUUGAAGCCCAGUGUUCUCUUGGUAAAAAAAUAAGAGUGUCUGUCUUUCUUUUGUAUUGGUUUAAGUAUCAACUGUUGUUGUUGUGCUGUUGUCAGUCGUGGACCAUGGUAUCAGUUAAACCAGGUGUGAUUUAUGAUGUUUUAGUGAUUUUGGAUAUUAUGUACGACUUCAAUUGUAUGUUUUCAUAUCACGGACAUAAACCGUUGAGUUGGUUUUGGUCAGGCUGGGUGGAAAGAGACCGGUUAAAGCCAGAAGAAACAGGGUUGGAGUAAGACCUAUCUCAUUUCAGCCAAUUUCUAUUUCAAUUCCUAAUUUGACUGAACUGAGAUUUAAUUGAGCCCAACCUUGAAGGAAUCAACCAUUUCACCACCACUACUGUCUGCUGUUACUGUAACUGCACUGAACAAUAGAGGAGUCUGCAGGAGAGUUUGAGGAAGAUUUUAGCGAAGGACCUGUUAGGAGUAUUGUCAGCUGAAUGCAGUUUUACAUUCUAUGUUCCAAAACUCUAAAAUAUUUUCCUCUCCUUUGCUCUGUUGCCACGCUUCUGUAUAUGCCAGCUGGUAGGUGAAAAUAAUAUAGUGGAAUCUUCCAGUAGGUUAGAAUAGGUGGCAUUUCUACAGUGUUGCUUUCAUCUAUCUAGUUAAGAUCUGUGGUCAAAUGAAGAGGGACGUUGACAUGAUGCCAUUUGAGAGGAUUUUGAGCGACUCCGAAGUUAGAAUUUCUGUUCAGGGAUUCCGUUUAGUCUGUUUUAAAAUGAGAAUCUUGCGCCUGUUCUAAAAUGAGAAUCUUGGCGCAAUUCUAGAAUGUUGUUGUUGCUUUGGACCUACACCCCUUCCUGGCUGUCAUUGGUCCCGUCGGGAGCCAAUCAACACUCCCUGUCAUUCCCACUCUCUGUACAUAUUAUGCAUAUUCUCCUCUGAGUUUCAACACUCCUAUGGUCAGAAAACACUUGAAGGGAUCAUGUCAGAGGCCGUUGUGUAGAACUCAACUGUCCCCCUUUCCUUUACCAAGUCAUUAACCAGGUAUCUAUUUAUAUUUGUUUUCUUUCCAUUUGUUGGAAUUAUAAUUCUGAAUCUCUUUCAUUUUGUGUGUUUGGACACAGUACCAAAUUUUUUCCAACCUCAAGUAAUGGAAUUCUAAUAAAUAAACACAUUGACUUGA